AUGUCAACUGCCACAAUAACUCCAACCCAUCUCGGAACCCCUCUUUGCCGAACACAACUGCCCCUCACCAAAUCGCCCAUCAUGGCCGCCGCUAAUUCCCGCACCGCCAAGGACGUCAUUGCCGCCCUCAACCUGGCUCCCCACCCCGAAAAGGGCUACUUUGUCGAGACAUACCGCGACGCCGCCCAGACCACGGCCGCCGACUCGGACAAGCCGCGCGCCUCCAGCACCUACAUCUACUACCUGCUCGAGGGCGAGUCGGGCCUCUCCCACUGGCACCGCGUCCUCGACGCCGUCGAGGUCUGGCACUACUACGCCGGCGCCCCGCUGCAGCUGUCCCUCUCCUGGGACGACGGCAAGCCCGUCCGCGACGUCGUCCUCGGCGCCGACAUCUGGGCCGGCCACCGCCCGCAGGUCAUCAUUGAGCGCGGCGAGUGGCAGCACGCCCAGAGCCUCGGCGACUGGACCCUCGUGGGCUGCUCCGUCGCCCCCGGCUUUGAGUUUGAAGGCUUUGAGAUGGCCGAGCCCGGCUGGGAGCCCAAGGGCUCUGAGAAGAAGUGA